GUCUGUGGCAGCAUAGCAAAAAGAUGGCGUAAUUUAAAUAUUCUCAACAAAUUUUUCCCAUGAUAAAACCACUUAUUUUUCUUUAAUUGGCCUCAGAGGGAUGAAAGACUGUCCAUCCAUGAUCGGGAUUUGUACUAGCAACCUAAGGAUUGUGAGAUAUAUAUUCUGACCAUUGCACCACCUGACUACAUCCCUGUACGUAAUGAAACUUAAAAAAAUCGUAUAACUUUUAUAAGAUGUACACACAAUUUAUAUGUUACAUGUGUAGUGUCCUCCUUCCUCCUGGAGUGUGUGUGCGUGUGGUGUGCGGUGCACACACUCAGUCGGAGAUGAGGUAGUUACAUGAGGCACCGUCUCUCUCUCUUUAUUUAUCAGUUCACACCAACUCCGGCCUCCUCUCUCUCAACCAUGCUGCCGUACAGCCCAGCCUAGACACAACCUUGCCCGCGUUGCACCGACGGCGUCGACCGAGACAGCCAUCUACUAUCCGGCCGCGCAAUGAUCGGGCGAACGCGGCGGCGACGAUGACAGCGACGACAAAACGAGUCCACUCCCAGAACCGGCAGCCCGGAGCUCUCGCUCUCCGCUGCUUUUAUUCCAUUUGGCGCGGCCCUAGCCGCACCUCCCUUCUCGAACCCACCAUAGGGUUCCAGGGGCCUUCCGAUGAGGUCUUCCGUGACCAUUGCCCCAGUUCCUCCGCCCUGCCAGUAUACGCGUGUAUAGCUCGACGGCAUGUGCGCUGCUAACUGUCCACCGCAGUUGCCGCUGCUAGACAGCAGUCGACGCUGCAUCACUACACAUGUAUAGUAAAUGUAUUGGUGUGAUUAAACAAAAGCAUGUUUAAAUGGGAACGCAACGGACAAUGUCAAAAUGCAAUAUGCUGAAUUGCACAUUUUGAUUGAAAAAAAUAUAAGCCUAUGUGUUAAACAAAAAAAGUGUGAAUAUAGAGCUUAGUAGCUGUGUCCAUAAUACGAGGGUGGGGGGAUUCAUCGGGUUUUCACAUCACACAAUGAGGAUUUAUAAACAGCGCCGUUCAAAGAAGAUAUUUGGCACGUGAUUGUGACUGGCACACUUGGUCCACGUUAAGGACUGGCUGACUAGGCAUAUGUUGCUUGCUGGGAGCAGAUCCAACACACGUUUCUGGCAGUCUGACCGGACAAAGAGAGGGGACGUCUCUUCGUGUGGACUCGACACAUGUUCAUGGAAGGAUUUAAAGAGACUGCAGCGGUUUGUAAACUGCAGAACUUCGGAGACUGCCUCAGCAAAUAUGGCAAAACUGGAAAAAGAGAACAUGGACACAGCGAUGGAAGAUGGAAAGAGUUCUGCCCCCAGGAAGAGGGUCAAGACAUUCUGCGGCUCCAACUACCCCAUCAGCAUUGCCUUCAUUGUCGUUAAUGAGUUCUGCGAGCGUUUCUCCUACUAUGGCAUGAAAGCUGUGCUGGUGCUGUACUUCCGUUAUUUCCUGCACUGGAAUAACAACACAGCCACAUCUGUCUACCAUGCCUUCAGUGGACUCUGCUACUUCACACCCGUACUCGGGGCCAUCAUUGCUGACUCCUGGUUGGGGAAAUUUAAAACCAUCAUCUAUCUGUCCAUAAUCUACGUGCUGGGCCAUGUCGUGAAGUCCAUUGGUGCUCUACCUGAUGUCGGAGGGCACACUGUUCAUGUGGUCUUGGCAAUGGUCGGGCUAGGACUCAUUGCUCUGGGCACCGGAGGCAUCAAACCCUGCGUGGCAGCUUUUGGUGGAGAUCAGUUCCACCCAGGCAUGGAUCAUGAGAGAGGAAAGUUUUUCUCCAUUUUUUAUUUGUCCAUCAAUGCUGGCAGCCUCAUUUCAACCUUUGUCACUCCUAUACUGCGAGACGAUGUUCAGUGUUUUGGAGCAGACUGCUAUGCUCUGGCAUUUGGCGUACCCGCCAUUCUCAUGGUGCUUGCUCUAGUUGUCUUUAUUGGGGGGAGCAGCACAUACACAAAGAAUCCACCAGAGGGGAAUGUAUUGGUCAACGUGAGCAACUGCAUUGGGUUUGCAAUCAAGAAUCGCUGGAAUCACCGGGGCAAGCAGUUUCCCAAGCGAGACCACUGGUUGGACUGGGCAAAAGGAAACUACAAUGACGAUCUUAUCAUGGAAGUCAAGAUGGUACUGAGGGUCCUUUUCCUAUACAUCCCGCUGCCAAUGUUCUGGGCCCUUUUUGAUCAGCAGGGUUCAAGAUGGACUCUGCAAGCAACAACCAUGACUGGAGACUUUGGUGCCUUUGUUCUGAAGCCUGAUCAAAUGCAGACAAUAAAUCCCAUCCUAAUUCUUGUGCUCAUUCCCAUCUUUGACGUUGCGAUUUAUCCACUCAUCAGGAAGUGUGGCAUCAACUUUAGUCCGCUUCGCAGGAUGGCAGUGGGUAUGAUCCUGGCCGCUCUUGCGUUUGUGGCAGCAGCACUGGUGCAAUUGGAAAUUGAUAAAACACUGCCCGAUUUCCCAUCAUCGGGAGAAUUCAGCUUAAGAGUCAUCAACGCCGGAGCUCAUCCACUGAACAUCCAGUUUGAGAACGAUCAGUUUGACGUGGCGAAUAUGUCGGCUUCUGUGCACAAAUCGUUCAACAUUGUGGCGAAAGAAAAACCGUUUCAAAUAGUGGCAUUUCGAAAUGGCACAAUGUUCCCCUGUUCCUUUAAUGCUGAAGAGAGGGAGUCAUUGACUGUGAUAUUUUAUGAAAUCCCAGAUGAGCCGCUAUCCCUUCAAUGUAAACAGGAAAAUGAUUUAGUCUCAAAACCUGAAGAAGGCAUGGCAGCAGUGAGAUUUGUUGGUGGGAACAGCGAAAUUGAAACUGUCAAUAUUGGAACUUACAGUCCAGUUAAUGUGAGUGGAGACUAUAGUUUUACAGACUACCAGCUGGUGUUUCGUGGAAACCAUGAAAUCAUGUCAGGAGAUAUUUUUUUAGGAAAGGUUUUUUUGGAUUUCGGGGCUGCCUACACAAUCCUUUUGAAACCGGAUGAAUUCGGUAUCCUAAUGAUACAGGAUUUGCCAGAAAACUCCAUAAACUUAGCUUGGCAGGUUCCUCAGUAUUUCCUGCUCACAGCUGCAGAAGUAAUGUUUUCAGUUACUGGGCUGGAGUUUUCAUACUCUCAGGCACCGACCAGCAUGAAGUCGGUGCUGCAGGCAGGUUGGCUUCUCACAGUGGCGUUUGGAAACGUCAUUGUACUGAUUGUGGCUGAGGGUGCAAAUAUGGAGCAGUGGGUGGAGUUCAUCCUGUUUGCCUGCCUGCUGUUUGUGGUGUUCAUCAUAUUCUCAAUAAUGGCGUACUUCUACGUGUACGUGGACCCAAGCAACCUCAAAAACAAAGAAAAGGAAGAAAAGGGAAGCAUCAGUUCUCUGGACGACUUCAAGCCAAUCGCUGCUGAAACUGACAAACAGACCAAGGUGUAACCCAUGCAAAAGAACACUACUUUGAAAAGAAACACAUGUCCGUGUAGCAACAUAAAAAGGGGCUCAUCAAAGGCAUCAUGAAAUUUCAAGGAUAUGUUUUGUAUUAAAUAAAAAUGUUGUAUUAAAUACAAAUUUAAUGGACAACACUUAUUACCUGAUGGUGAUCAUUUAACUAUCGUGUUUUCGAAUUUUGUACAGUAUUGAAGAUGAUCAAGCAAAAAUACUCUGCUGUAAAAUAAAAUAAAAUAGACUAAAUAUAAAAUAACAGACUGUCCUGUACACUGAAAUGUAGGAAUAAGACAGCAUUUAUUCAGCAUUAUCAUUCCUAUUGUAGUAUACUGUACUUUUGAUAGUACUGAAAUUUUAAAUGCAUACACAUGGUGAUUUAAAAGAACAAUGUAGAUAAUACUAUAGAUUGCAUAUUAAUUAAAAAAUUGGUAAACAACACUUUGAAAUCGUACGUUAAGAUUAUUUUGAUUAAACGUGUUUAUUUUUUCCAUGUUUUGAAAAUGUAAAAUUAUUCAACUCAAUGUUAAGUACAUCUGAAGUCUGUUUAGAUGUUUUAAAUGGUAUGUGCUGUAACGGAAAUGUAAAUAAAUUAAUUUGAAAUGU